AUGACAUCCAACUUCAAAUAUAUCCCGGUCAUCGACCUAUCCCUCGCCAAGUCUCCCAUAACCCGGCCCAAGCUUCUCCAAGAACUCCACUACGCCCUCACCUGCAUUGGGUUCCUGUAUAUCACGAACCACGAUGUUCCACAAGAUGUAAUCUCGGACCUCAAACAUGCCCUACCCACCCUCUUUGCCCUUGAUCCGGCCGAAAAAGAAGAAGUCGCUCUGCACAACUCCCCCCAUUUUUUGGGAUACAGCCAAGUAGGCUCAGAAACAACGGCCGGGGUCGCAGAUAAACGCGAGCAGUUCGAGUUUGCAACCGAGCUGCCAGACUUGUGGCGUGUGGGCCUUCCUCUUUAUGAAAGAUUAAAAGGGCCAAACCAGUGGCCGUUGCAAGACCCGUCUCUUCGAAGCGUCAUUAGGAAAUAUAUUCACGAAUUAACAAACCUCAGUGAGCGAUUCUUGCGCUUGGUAGCCGAAGCACUCUCCCUGGACCCUGAGACCCUGUUCUCAUUCCUCUCAGAACAGCACCGUCUCAAGCUAGUCCAUUAUCCGGCCUCAGACCUUAGUUCAGACCCCAACAUUCAAGGUGUGGGUCCCCACAAAGAUUCCUCUGGAUGGUGGACAUUUCUUCUCCAAGCGUCGCCACCGACCGUGAAAGGUUUACAGGUUCUCAACAAGACAGGUGAAUGGAUUGACGUUCCUGUCAUUGACGAUACGUUCGUUGUGAAUAUCGGACAGGCUUUCGAGGUGGUUACUCAUGGUGUGUGUAAGGCGACGACGCAUCGUGUGUUGUCAGGUCUGUCGGAGAGGUAUAGUGUGCCCUUUUUUCAGGGUGUUCGGGGUAGUCUGACCAAGGAGGAGGCGGUUGGAACUUUAAAAAAUCAUUUUGCGAUGCAAAAGAUGGCACUAGAGGCGACGGAGGGCGCGAGUGUUGAUUCUGCCUUUUUGAGGGGCAGGUAUGAUACUUGGGGCGAAUCACAAUUGCGGACGAAGAUUCGGAGUCACCGCGAUGUAGGGCAGAUGUUUUAUGCAGAUGUGUUUCAUGACUAUGUCAAUGAUGAUAGUUGA